AAACUUUUAUUUAUUUGUGUUUGUUGUUGAUUCAAUAAUAUAAAAAAGAUUUUUGAGAAGAGAAAUAUGGUUAAAGAACCUCAUUUUCCCGCCCAACAGAAUAUAUCUCAUUCCCCAAAAUACCCCUACAAAAAUCCCGAAAAUACUCAAAGGCUGCCACUCAAAAUACGGUAAAAAUACGCGUGCGUGUAUAUAAAUAGUCUUCUUCCUCACUGGCUCUUCGUCUGCUCUCUGAAAUCACUUGGAAAAUUUCAAUCGCUAUUUUCACCAUGAGUUUCGCUGCAGUGAGAGCCCGUGCAGUUCGUACAGUGAGGAAUUACUACGUCAGACAAUUGGACGCCGAAUCUCUGGAGAAUUUGAAAGAUGUAGCUCCGUACAUCCGCCGUCACCUGAAUCAGUUUUACUCGACUCUGUUUUUGGCUACGGCAAGUUCAGCCAUCGGAUCCUACGUAUCUUUAUCUUUGAAUAUCGGAAGCUCUUUGCCAGCAUUCGGAGCCUUCAUCACCAUUGUUUGGUUUAAUUUCAUUCCCCCAUGGAAAGAGAACAAAAGGGCCUGUCUCUUAAGUUUGGGUACAUUCUUUGGAUGGGCUUCACUUGCUCCUUGGCUCACCUGGCUCCUCGAAGUCGAUACAAAUUUCGUAGUGGCUUCAAUUUCGACUACUUCGAUCGGCUUUUGCUGUUUAUGGGCAGCAUCAAAGUGGUCGACUCAUUUCGUAUUCAUUUAUUCUAGAGCCAUGCUUUACAAUUGUAUUCUGGCCUUCAUAUGCUUGCAUAUCGGUUCAGCUGUUUUGGGUGGCGACUUAGCUUUGUGGAAGUAUGAGCUAUUUUUAUGGCUUCUGUGGAAUGUGAUCUAUGUGGCGGUGUAUAGCCAGGAGGUGGUAUCGAAAGCUCGUAAAGGAGAGUCCGACUAUGUGAGGCAUGCAGUUAACGUGUACACCGACUUACCUCCGAUUGUUAUUACUGUCAUACGGCUGGCUAUCGAAGCCGUGAGAAAUAGUAGGAGUAGGUGAUUCUUUUCACACAUGAGACUUUGGCAAAAUAUGGUUCAAUAUAUAGGCAGGCAAUUUUUUCUAUAGUCAGAUGUUAUUCAUUGCAAUUGAAACUGUAAAGUUUGUACAUUCUUCUUGAAUUGAAUGGUUUCAUCUUUUGGUGAUAUAUACAUUAGCUUUUAUGAUGGUUUUACAUGUUUGAGUAUGCU